CCGGCCUUGCCACUAGGGGCGGCCGCGGUCUCGCGGCGGCAGCAGCCGUGAAGCUGCGCGGCUGGGGUUUCCAGCCGGGCCCCUUUCCCAGCCGGGCUCCAGCAUGGCUGCCCCCAGAGCUGCGGCUUGGGGAGCUGCCACGCUCUGGCUUUCCUGACAGCUCCUGGCUUCUGUGCUCUCCUCUUCCCCAGGCCACUCCAGCAGACAUGUUUGCCAAGGCCUUUCGGGUCAAGUCCAACACGGCCAUCAAGGGGUCGGACAGGAGAAAGCUUCGGGCUGAUGUGACAGCUGCUUUCCCCGCUCUUGGAACUGAUCAGGUCUCUGAGUUAGUACCUGGAAAGGAAGAGUUCAACAUUGUGAAGUUGUAUGCUCACAGAGGGGAUGCAGUGACUGUGUACGUGAGUGGUGGUAACCCCAUCCUAUUUGAACUGGAGAAAAAUCUAUAUCCCACAGUGUACACCCUGUGGUCCUAUCCCGACCUCCUACCAACGUUCACAACAUGGCCUCUGGUGCUCGAAAAACUGGUUGGGGGAGCAGAUUUGAUGCUGCCAGGAUUAGUGGUGCCCCCUGCUGGUCUGCCUCAGGUACAGAGGGGUGACCUCUGUGCCAUUGCCUUGGUGGGGAACAGAGCCCCCGUUGCCAUCGGAGUUGCCGCCAUGUCCACAGCUGAGAUGCUGACUUCAGGCCUGAAGGGGAGGGGCUUCUGUGUGCUCCACACCUACCAGGACCACUUGUGGCGAUCUGGAGGCAAGUCCUCUCCACCGUCCAUUGCUCCACUGGUCCUGGAUCCCCUGGAUCUCAGUGAAGAGAAGGAGUCUGUGCAGGCAGACCCUGCCCUGCAGGGAGACAUGAGGCACCUGACCCUGGAGGGAGAGGAGGAGGAGGAUGGGGAGGUUCAGCAGAUGUGCGGGGAGAAGUCUCUCUCAGAAGCCUCAGAAGACCUCAGCGUUGGGGGCCUGAACCGAGACCCCACAGACAGCAAGACCCUUCAAGAGCAAAUGGAUGAACUGUUACAGCAAUGCUUCUUGCAGGCUUUGAAGAGCCGAGUCAGAAAGGCUGACCUCCCUCUGCUCACCAGCACUUUGCUUGGCAGCCACAUGUUCUCCUGCUGCCCUGAAGGACGACAACUGGACAUAAAGAAGUCAAGCUUCAAAAAGCUCUCUCAGUUCCUGCAGCAAAUGCAGCAGGAGCACAUUAUACAGGUGAAGGAGCUGAGCAAAGGGGUGGAGAGCAUUGUGGCUGUGGACUGGAAACACCCGAGGAUCACAUCUUUCGUCAUACCCGAGCCCUCCCCGACCUCCCAGACUAUCCAGGAGGGUAGCAGGGAACAGCCCUAUCACCCUCCAGAUAUAAAAUCCCUCUACUGUGUCCCAGCCAGCAUGACUCUGCUCUUCCAGGAGUCUGGCCACAAGAAGGGGAGCGUUCUCGAGGGUGGUGAGGUCCGAACGAUCAUCAUUAACUACGCCAAGAAAAAUGACCUGGUUGAUGCAGACAACAAAAAUCUCGUGAAAUUGGAUCCUGUCUUAUGUGACUGCAUCUUAGAGAAAAAUGAACAGCACACAGUCAUGAAGCUUCCAUGGGACAGUCUCCUGACCAGGUGUUUGGAAAAAUUGCAGCCUGCCCAUCAAGUGACCUUUCCCGGACAAGAGCCCAUUGUGAAGAAAGGCAAAAUCUGCCCAAUUGACAUCACUCUAGCACAGAGGGCUUCUAAUAAAAAGGUGACCAUGGUCCGGAACUUGGAGGCCUAUGGUCUGGACCCAUGCUCGGUGGCUGCCGUCCUCCAGCAGCGAUGCCAGGCUAGUACCACCGUCACUCCUGCUCCUGGGGCCAAGGAGAGCCUGCAGGUCCAGAUCCAGGGAAACCAAAUCCACCACGUCAGCUGGCUGUUGCUCGAAGAGUAUCAGCUUCCUCGAAAAUACAUCCAAGGCCUAGAAAAGGCCCCCAAACCUGGCAAGAAGAAGUGACAGACUCUUGUUUCAUGCAGUUGAACCAAUGGAAAUCCAAGCUCUGGGCUGGUAAUUUAUAUGAGCAUUUUCAGCUUUUGCGAAUAAAAAAAUAUAAUUCUUUACCAAAAUAAAUUUUUAUUCUAAUCUAAA